AUGCUAUUUACAAUUGACUACUCCAAUAUUGAAUAAAGCAAAAGGAUUGCAAUUACUAACACUGCUCAAUUCCCUAUUUUGGUAAGAAUCUUAGACCAUAAUGUCUAUAACUUUAUUCCAACUUUCUCAUUACUAAAAUUAGAGGAAUGCAAAUAUUUUCAGAUACUGCAUAAAUAAAAUUAAAAGGAUUUUCGGGAUAUAAAAAUUGAAGCAAUAGAGUUUGAUGAACGCAAACUUGAUUCUUUCUCUGUUCCACCGUUUUGGAACGAAAAAGUGCAAGGUUCCCUAAAGACAUAAUCUACCUCUCUGCCUGCUCCUUCUAAUGUACAUAGAUCUAAUUCCUUCACCUCAUUUGAAAGGUUACCAUCAAUGAAUUAGACGUUUCAAGAUUAGAAAAUACUAUAAAUUAAUAAUGAUAAUUCAAUCAAACUCGACAAUCAAGUUCUUAAAUAGAGUGACAAUAAUCAUGAAAGUGAUUAUUAAUCAAACAAACAAAAAUAACAUUCUUAAUAGUCUUUAUAAAUUAUCAAUUCAAUCAAGAUUGGAGAAGAUAAUAAAAAUCAUUAAACCUCAAAUCAAAAUAUUUUCAGAAAUUCUACAAAUAGCUUUGAAUCAUAUCACCAAAUCUAAACUACUCCUGCUUUACAACCGUUGUUUACUAUGCAAAAUGAUUUGAAUUAGUUUUUGGAUCAAAUAGAUUCAUUCAAUAGUCCCAAUUACAAUUUAACUCCAUCUUAAUUAUAAUCUUAAACCCAUUCUUAAAAAUAAAUUAGUGAUAAUGCAUAACAAGACUUGAGUAUAAGUGAGACUACUUCAAUUUAGAGAUUUGAAUAGCGAAAAAUAUCAUUCUUAUAAUAAAGUAAAUAGUAAUUUAAUGAAAAACCUAAAUUAAGAGUGUCUUAAACCUUGAUUGCUAAUCCAAAGUCAGCAGUUGGAAGUCAGAAAUGCUUUGACAAAAAUAAAGAGAUUGAAUCCUAAAUCUAAAAAUAAAUUGGAGAAUUGAAGGUUAGUAAAGAAGCCCUCUAAGCUGAGCUAUAAUAAUUGAAAUUUAAAGCUAUGUUCCAUUCCAAAAACAAGUCAUCCACUUAUCAUUAUCAUAUAUACAUAUGGCAUAUGCUUUUGACUAGCGUUAUAUUUCUUAUUAUAGGAAGUGUUAUGAAAAAAAUGAUUUAACUGUUUUGA